CGCUACACCAACUGAGUGAAUACUUAUUUUCUUUGACACAGAAUUGUGUUUUUGUUACGGCUUUAAAGUGUUGCUUUACACAGAUUAAACUAUAAAAUAAUAACAAAUUGUUAACAAAUGAAACAAAUCAAAAUGUGAAACGGAAAUAUCAAAUAACUUUCAACGGAACAUCCUAAAAUCUCAAUCAAUCGAAAGAACAACAAGACGGCUGCGGAAACAAUACAGUUUGCUCUCAAACAGCCCGUCAGUCAGUCACUCAGCCACAUUCGACGACAUUUGAAAGGCAGAAAAGCGUACGUGCGUACGUGCUAGUUGAAAGGUAGCUGAUGGAUACCAAAGUCCCCGCGAUAGCCAAGGAGGAGAUGGCGAACGAGUUCCAUGAAAUGGCAAUGACAGAAGAUAUAAGUCUGUUGCGCCAGCCGAUGAGAACGGCCCUCACCGGAUUCCUGGAGGCGAAGAAAGCCUAUGAGAAUGGUACUGAUGAGGUACGUCGCUUGCUGUUACAUGAGUGUUCCAUCAUCUACGAGUGCAAUGUGUGUCGCAAUAUGUUUCGCAGUUUGGUCAACUUUAUCAGCCACAAACGCAUCUACUGCAAAUUGUCCGCCGAGGGAAAUCAGCGACCCUAUUCGGAUCACAACUCGAGCGUUAUUAUACAACCCACAGAGCAACGUUCUCAGGCGUGGUUUAGUAAAAGUCGCAGUACUGGAUCAUCACCAAUACCAACAAAAACGUCAUCACGCGAUUUAAGCAAAGUCAUUGAACGACUUAGACGUACUGAAAUAAAAUCAACAGAAACACUUAAAGAUCAAAAUGAUGAUUCUAAACGAAACGAGUGGCCCACAACUGGGCCAGAAGAAAAACAAGAAUUGCCAGGGGAACAGCUUAAACCAGAACAAAACGAUCCGAUUUUGCAAUUGGAGUCCGUUCCGACGUCAACCCAAGCUGUAUAUCAAACUCUUAAACCGUUCAAUGCCAAGGACAGUAUUAGGACUGAGGUUAACGAAGUUCAUAAUCUCCUUACCAAUCAAAAGACCAUGAUAGGACCGGAUGGCAAGGCCAUAGUCAGUAAUUCGUUUUUAACUGCAACUACUGUGAACUUGUUACCAAAUGACACGCGUGAGGAGUCAUCAUUAGUAACAGCUCUGGACUCACUAAAUGAAUUAAAAACUUUAGCUAUUAGUGAUAAACUUGCAGAUCUCCAACAGCAACAACAGCCAGAGGUAACCUGCGAGAUGUGUCAGAUGACUUUUCAAACCGAGAAAACUUUAAAUAUCCACAUACAAAAGAAACACAAUUCCUCGACAUAUGUAUUCCAAUGUCCAACAUGUUCGUUGACAUUCCUGCAACCUGCCGCAGUUAUAAGGCAUUUGGCCAACGAGCACAAGAAACCCCUUAAAAGAAUUCGUAAAAUGCGGGAAUCAAUUUUGAAAAAACGUAUUCAAAUCGGAAAUGUCCAAGUAAAGGGGCCAUGUCGUGAAUUAAAGGGCCUACAAUUGGACUCUACCAAAGACUUGCUAAAUGGCAACAAUGAAAAUGUUUUGUCGCAACCGAAUGGUAAACCCGUAUCGACAUGCAGAUAUUGCCAACACACAUUCGAGAAAAGGGCCGCAUUUGCGACCCAUUUAGCAAGUUGCUCUGCAAAGAACGAAACUGCCGUUAAAAAAGAAGUACAAACCAAGAUCCGAGUAGCAACAAAAGAAGAAAUUCACACCAAACUAAAAAACCAAAGUAACAAAAUCUUAGACAAAAGCGUGGAAGAAAAUCAAAACAAUGAACCUGAAAUCAAAACUGUCGAUCAGAAACCGCUGAUAUCAAAACAAGAGACCCCAAACCAUGGUCUUAUUUCUUAUUUUUAUGAUUGCGAUGCGAAUCAUUUGAAUGGCGUCAACAUUAAACAAGAACCACACGAGGAUGAGUUCAAUUCAAAUUCCACACAUGCUACGAAUGGCUCCGACAUAAACGAAAUGUUUGAAAAUUUGGAAAAACAAACAUUUGGUGAGGGUUUGCAAACAGUUUCACUGGAUCUUAUGGUAUCAACACAACAACAACAGCAACAAGAUACUCAGCAGGAAUUAAUGGCGGGAAACGUUCCACAUGAAAAUGGAUGCAGUACCAACGAAAUGUAUCCCGAAAUGAAACAAGAAGCCGAUGGUGAGGAACAAAUGUCUGAAGAAUCUGCAAUGGAGACAUUAUCAAAAGUUGAGAUUCCAAAGAAAAAACCAAAGGGCUUUCGCACAGUGCCUGUAUCCAAGCAGCUGACAUGUCGCUGCAAGAUUUGCAACAAACAGUUCAAUGCAUUGAGCAACCUGCGCCGACACAUCUCAAUGUUUCACUAUCGAGCACGGCGUUUCGGCUGCAGCUUAUGCGAUUAUCGUGCCUUCAGACGUUAUGACAUUGUUAAUCAUCUGUCAUUUGUGCAUAAAAUGCAAGGGGAACGUGAGUCAAUGGCAGUCGAAUUUGUAACAAUGCAUGACGUCAAAUAUUCUAAGGAUGAUGUGGAACACGACAUUGUGGUAGUCAAUGAAGCAGGACCCACUAUGACAAAAACAGCUGGACACGAUGUGAAAACUUAUGAAAACAAAGGAAAACGUAAAAAAGAGAAAUUCUUGCCUGAAGAUGAAGCCGUGAGAAAAGAUCCCGAAUCUGAAAGCCCCAUCAAGAUUGAAGCUCGAGCUUCACCCGCAAAAUGUAUCAGCAAAGCUGUGCGUUCGAAACUACGCAAAGCCUUAUCGCACGAAGUGGAAAUGGGCCAAAGAAGACCCAUUCGCAAUCGCAUUAAAACAGUUAAUAGUGAUUUUGUUUAUGAUCUCUCCAGUCUGAAGGAAGAACCCAGAGAACAAACAAUUAGGAUUGCCCUGAAAAGGCGUAAUACUGUUGGAAUGGCGGAUAACAAGGGCAACAUAUCCGCAGAUUUGGCGCCACCUAUUAAAAUUGUACCCUACAGACUUAGAACCGAACCCCUUGUACCCACAAACAAAGAAUCAGUCAAAGGUUAUGCUGCUCGAAUAUACCGCAAUGUGGUCCAGGAGGCUUUAGCUGCACCGUCUACAUUGCCGGAGCUACCUGCUGAGAGGCCACUAAUGAGGCCUCGUCUAUCGUUACCUUGUCGUAGUGAUUCUUUAAAUGCACCCGUUAUAGAAGCCACCGAACUAGAAGUGGCUCGCCUGGAAUCUACUUUCUUUGAUGAUUCAUUCCUGGAGAAGUUUGCCAAGAAAUCGAAUCCUUCUUUCAAAAUGAAGCCUUUACUAGCAUUACAGCACAGUCCUCUUAAUUCGAUACUACAAAAGUUCGAAAACAAUUGCAACAAAGUUCAAAAUUCUGAAAAUUCGCCGACACAUUCCUCACAAGAAAACGGUCUUGCUGGCGACGAGUCUUCAAUACAUUUUAUGAACAUCGAGACUACGCCGCCUAAAAAUCCUACUCUCACCGUCAUUGAUAACCCAUUGGAAGACUUACAUGAACACGUUCUACAACAAAUGGAUAGUUCGCCGCCCAAUGGCGCACACAUUUUAGAAUCUACAUCACCGCCUUCGACACCCAAGAAAAGAAUAACAUUAAUGCAAAGACUUGCCGAGAACAGAGCUAGAAGACGAGAUCCCUUGUUAAGAAAUGCUCUGGAAAACUAAGAAAAAAACUAUAAUGGAACAAUACAUUUUCGUAUUAUGCAGAAGACUAUACAAAUUAGUUGCUCCCUUAGGUUCGCCACAUUACUUGUUUGCAGUUCGCAUUUCAUGUUACAUUUUGAAAAUUGAGUUUUCUAAUUUUCGAUUUCACAAUAUCUUAUUGAUUAUUAUUAAAGUGUCUAUUCGAAAUUUAGUUUCUAACUAUGAUAUAAAGUAUUUUUUGAAUUAUUAUCCCAUUCCAAUUAAGAUACAACCUCUUUUUAUGAUUGAGAAAUACUUCUGAAGAUUCUCCUCACAUGUACAAUUAAAAAGAAAAAAAACUUGAAUAUUGGUAACUUUGGUAUAUAUCAUUUCGUCAGUAAAUGACACUUUAUAUGAAUGUACCUUAAGCAUAGUAAUAGUCUAACCCAUCGUAAAUAGCUGAUCGGCAAGAGUUGUGAAACAAGUUUUUUUUUUAUUUAUUUAGUUUUAUGCCCUAAAAUCUUUUAGUAUUUUUUUAUACGUAUCGUGCCGUGAGAUUUCCAUUCCCAUUUGUUUGUUUUUGUUUCACAGUUUAUUUUUGCCGUUCAUGCCAUUUUCUCAAAUAAAUAUACAUAUUGUUUAAUGUCACAAAUCACUUAGUUUUGUAGUUGUAGAUUAUGUUUUUGUGUAUUAUAUCAAUAAUAACUCCUGGCUUUAAUAAAUAUUGUUAUAAAUAAGGUAAAGUUCAGUACCUUUGAAAAGUACUAAAAAAAAGAAAAUAUCACAUCCCAAAUGAAAGUUAAAACAAAGAAUAAACAAAAUAUGAAUUAUAUAAAAUAUAGAA